CGAGCGACUUACAGAGAAAUAAAGCGAGAAAACAGGCUCUCCUCCACCGGCUGCACCAGAGGAGCGGCAUUCCUCUGGGAUGGGCUGCUCCUAUGGCAUCCUUUGGUUAAGCUCACGGGGUGGCUUAGUCUUAUUUUCCAAUGGAUGCUGCUCUGUUUAAGUUUCGUUUCCCCUGAAAUGAGAGGUGGCCGGGAUAUAAAGGCUGACCAGAGGAACAGCGGCUCAGACUCAGAGGAGAUGGGGUUGCUUACUACUGUUGUGGCCGUUGCAGCUGGCGCAGGGGGCACAGUGGUCCUGGCUCCUGUUGUUCUGGGGGCUGUAGGCUUCACCUCAGUCGGGAUAGCAGCAGGCUCGUACGCCGCUGGCAUGAUGUCCACCGCUGCAAUUGCCAAUGGAGGAGGAGUGGCAGCAGGGAGUCUGGUGUCUGUUCUGACGUCAGCAGGGAUGGGUGGCCUGGGAACAGCCGCCACUGCGACUCUGGCCACCGUUGGAGGAAGUGUGGGUGCAGCUGUGGCUGCACUCAUCUGACACCAAAUAUAAAUCCAUGAGAGAAUGGCACAAUUAUGCACUAGAGUUACAUAAUGCAGUAACAGCUUAGUAGCAUAAUCUUAACUUAGUCAUCAAGAAUGCUUAAGCAUCACCAUGUGUGAAAUAUAUAUAUAUAUAUAUAUAUAUAUAUAUAUAUAUAUAUAUAUAUAUAUCAAAUAUUGUUCGUAUCUAUACCAACCAUUCAGCCUAAAAAAUCCUCCUAAUGAGCCAGUUAACUAAAUAAAAAUGACAGUAAAUUUUCAAAUGAUUGAGUUCUAAUCAUUCCCACUUUACUUUGGCAUUUGAAUAAACUGGACCAUUACUUGGAAAUGUGGAAGGAAGGUAUCCUCUUAGUGUUGAUUGACUUUGAUCAUCAUAACUGUGGUACCAUUUAAUCUUAAAGCAAAUAAAUCCCUUUUUUCCUGCUUUUGCAUUCUCAAAGAUUUCUUGUAUCCAGUUUGAAGAAAUUCUCAUUAAAAUGCAUUUGAAAAGAU